GGUGUCUGGGAGCGAAAAACAUCCAUUGUGGCGCUCUACGCACCCCUGCGUAGUAAACCCUCCCUCCCGACAACAGGAAAAGCGCUACAAAACCCUUUAAAGGGUUGGUUCGUGCUCUGAUUCUCAGCACGAAUUCUGGUUUCUUCGCCGGUGGUCUCUGCUCAUCUCACACCUACAAACAAUGGCGAAGCGGCUUCGUGAGUCCGAAUCCGACGAUACAAUGCCGGCAGCAGCUGAUUACCACACGGUCUUCAUCGACACCAAUCUCGAUACCCACUUUGUUACGAUCGUCUCUAAAUCUGAGACUGUCUUCGAUUUCAAAAAAAAGAUAAUGCUUGAACACCCCCAGUACUUCCCUAAAAUAGGGGAGAUAAAAAUCCAUGAUCUAAAGGUCAAGCGCAAGAGGCACUUCUAUCACCUGUCAGAGUCCAUGCUUGUAAGGAGUGCAUUUGAAGGGGCUAAGAACAAUUGGUUUCUUUUUGCUGAUGUUUCUAGUUUAAAGCAGCCCAGUGGAAACGAACAUUCUUGUCAAGCUGAAGUUGCUCACCAGUCAUCAUUGCUGCACCCUGUGAGCACCCAAUGUGCAAAGUGGGAAGUUUCUAUAGCCAACAAGUCUAUUCCAGGGGAUUCUUGUAGAGAGGCUUCAAAAGAUAUGGAGAUGGAAGCGAUUGCUAUGAGUGGUGACCAUUGCAAAGAUUUGUUCUCCAAGGAGAAGAGAUCAGAUCUUGAAAUACAAGAGAAGUAUAAUAUUGUCAGCGAAGGUAAUAAACUUCCAGGAAUGGCUGCCAUGCUCAAGGGUGACAAUUCUGUGGAUGGGAUUAGCAGUGUUCAAUGCAAUAAUUUGCUGGGACAAUCUUUGAGAGCUGGAACUGCUUCAAAGAAAAAACAGAAGAUUAAGAAGCAGCUCAAUGAAGAUGUAGUGUUCGAAGAUCCUUUCAAAGAUGAAUAUGGGUCUAUUCAUGCAUCCAGUAAGGAUAUAUCAGAACCAAAUAUUGUUGGGCAAGUUUCAAAUGAAGUGAAAAUGGGAAACAAAGACAUUGGUGAUGAACUUUGCAAGACCUCAUCUUUGGAGGGUAGUGAGAGGUCAGAAUCUGGAUUGCAUAGGAAAGACAGUCUACAAGAGAGGGCAGCUGAAGUCUCCAGGAUACAAAAUGGGUGCCAUAAUGAAACAUCUAAGAGUAGGGUUGGUGAUGUGCAAGGCAAUAACACAUUUGAAGAAGCUUCGCAACCUAAGUUUUCUGCAAAGAAAAAGCAUAAGAUAAAAAGUAAAGAAGCCUGUGGAGACCCUUUGGGAAAAGAAGAAGCCUUAAUUUCGAAUUCUAGUAAAGAGAUAUCUAAGCCAGAGAUUAUAAUUCCCAAUAAUUCUAGUGGGGAUGACAGGAAAAUGAUAAACGCUACUUCAGACAGUGUAGUUACUAAACCUUCAGAUGGUGACCAUUUGGAAACCAGUCCACGCAGGAAGAAGAGGACGAGGAAAGGAAGAAAGGAUUUAUCAAUUCCCCAUAAUCAAGUCACUGAUGUUGUCCAUCCUUCUGCACAAGCAGUUGGGGAAGAGAAGAGCUUUGAGGAAAAUGUAGAAAUCAAUUCAGCUAAGUUAUCUGAUGCCACGACUGUUCCUGCAGAAAGAAUCCAGAAUGAGAGACUUUCUCAACCUUCUGGAAUCUCUCAGAAGAAAAAACAGAGUGAACCUGUUGACGAAGAGAUUGAAGGGAACAAAGAACACCAUAUAUUGCCCGGUACGGAAAUAUGUGAACCUGAUGCUAGCAAUGUAGAAGGCAAAAGUGAUGCAAAUGAACAAGUUGCUGGAUUAGGAGUGAAAGGAACAAAUCCAAUGAAGCACCGUGACAAUGAUGCGAAAGAAUUUCUUCCACUUGUCGUCGAAGAGGCUCAUAACACAAACAAAGGCAUUAAUCACUCUGCACAGAAAACUUGUGUCCCUGAUGUACAAAAGUUUGAAAUCGGUCAGACCGAAAAAAUUGAGGAGGACAGGGAGUUGUCACAGAACCAUGUUCCUGAAGCAAUGGUGUCUAAAAGGUGCCAACCUUUGCAUCAGGAUGAAUCUGAUCUGAAUAUUAAACAACCAGUGCUUUCAGCUAAGUUGUCCAAUGCCAAUGGGAUCAUGGGAUCAGGAAAUUCUGGUGGCAAGGGGAGGAUAAAAAAGAGGGCCAAGAAGUCUGCUGGAAGGAAUCAGAAUCCAUCAGGCAUGGAGAGUGCAGAUAAUACUGCAGUUGAAAAUUCUUCAGUUGCGCAUUGUUCAGCUUUUGAUGAUCAUUUGAGCUAUGAAAAUAAAAAAGACGAGAGCACCUUGUCUCACAAUGAAAGAAACGAAGCCGCAAUACAAGAGUCAGUGGAUACUUCUCCAGUAAAUGCUAAUUGGGAAGGUAAUAAUGUGAGAAAAAAUGACGCAGAACUUCCACCAUUAACUCAGGUGGACAGAACUCGAGAAAAUGGAGUACAUAUGGGUGAGAAAUCAAUGAAGAAAGUGAAAAAGAGUCAAAGCUCAACCAUGAAGAGCCUACCAGAUCUGCCAAUUGAAGAACUACAAAAUGAGGAGGAAAGUUUGCAGUUGAAUCAAACUGGAAAAACUCAACAGAUGUCAGAAAAUGUGGGUAGGAGAUCGGAAAAGAAAAUGAAAAAGGAGCAGAAUUCUGCUGCAAAGACCCAUUCAUAUUUGCCAAUCAAAAAGCAAGAAGGUGGUGUUGGAGAACCAGCUGCUUCAAAUGAUAAAAGGGGAAAGGUUGACACUCCAUCUGAAACAGCAAAGAAAACUAGAUCAGCAAACGCAAGUCCUAAGAAUCCACCGACUGUUUCAGAGUUGGAACACGCCACUAGCAUUGAGUCUGGUUCUUUAGAUCCUGAACGACCUUCUGGGGAUGUUGACAUAAUCCAUGUUUCGUCUUCACAUGCACUUGAAGGUAAUUAUAAGGAGAGGCCUGAAGCUAAGGUCGAUUCUGAUAAUCAGAUGGAAAUUUUGAAGUGUGAAACAGAUAGGAUCAACUUCCAGCAUUACUUUGUGCCUGGCCAACAGCUGAACGAAGUUGGUCCAGCUGACAUGGUCAAAGAAGCAACACGAUCAGAAAGGGACAUCAAAACUAAGAAAAACUCAAAGAAGGUUGUUGUACCCCCUGUAGGCAGCCAACAGCAGAAUGAAAUUGCUCCUGCUGACAAGGUCAAGGAAGCAACAAGAUCAGAGAGGGAAUUCAAAACUAAGAAAAACACCAAAAAGCUUGUUUUACCCCCUGUAGGCACCCCGCCUAGUUUACGGGGAUCACUCAAGUCAAAUGAAAACCUGGAGAAUGAGAAGAAAUCUCAUAUUAGAAAUACUAGUAGUAUUCCACUACAGAUAUCAUUAUCGAAAGAUAAGCAUAAUGAGGUCAUGCUUAACCCUAACAAGAAAUUGUCAAAAGUUGCUGUAAGUGAGGCCAAAGCUCCAAAUUUUCUUGACAAUCAUGGAAUCAGAACUCCUCAAGAAGCCAGACAGCAUCAUGUUCAGAAUGGUGCUGAGACCAAUAGGCCUGCCCUUGCUUCUCCAAAGUGGAACUGUGAUUCUUCAGCUGCAUCAAGCCCAAGCUCAAGAAGAUCUGCAAGGUCACUCCCAAAUAAAAGGGACGAAAGGCAUCAUGUGGCAGCUAGAAAAAUUUCUGGCAAGAACAAUUUAGAACGUGAGAAGAGUUUGUUGACUACACCAGGGUCAAUUUUUAUGGAUGGUAGUGAUGAGAGUUCUGCUGAUGAAAAUGGGACUGUAAAUUCUAGUGCCAGCACCUGCACCCCAUCAAAUAAUUCAUCUUCAUCAGGCUACUCGGAAGGGGAAACCCAGUCGAGUUGGGACUUACGAAGAAAUGGUUCUUCAAAAAGGAACGAAGAUGUUGGAAGAAACAUCUUAAAGCCACAAUCUUCAGGGCCGAAGAAUAUAACCAUGGAUAUGAUCCUUCGAAGUUCGAGUAGAUUCAAGAAGGCCAAGCUCACAGCAUCCCAAUCACAAAUGGAAGAUACUGAAAACCAGCCAGUCGAUGUUGUUCCAGACAGUCAAGGAAUCAUCCUCUGAUCAAAUAUAGAUUUGUCUUGCUUGGGUAGUGAUGUAUUAUCCUCCUUCCCUUGAGAAAUUCUCUCUUUUGACCUCAGGCCUUUUGAAUUGCUUUUGGGCAUGUUUGGUAUGUAGGCUUAGAAGAGAUUUAAAGGAUGGGUUUUGUAAAAAUAGUUUAAUGCACGUUUUAAACUGAUGUUUCGUUCAAAAUUUGAGGCUGGUAAAAGAAUUCUGGCCCGCUAUUG